UAACGUUCUUCAUAACAAGGGUACACCAUUGGCUCCUGUUCAGCUCAUUGUCCACUGUAACGCCCAGGUCCUUUUCUACAGAGCUGCUGGAGAAACUAGUUGGUCCCCCCAUGCAGCCGCUCAGUUUAGGCAGCCAGGAGCCCGGACGCUGCCAGCCGGUCCCACGUGUGACGGGCGGGAGAGCAAGAGCACAGGCCCAGGCUGGGGUGAGGCAGACAAGAUGACUGCUGAGCUGGAGCCGGCUCCAAGCUUAGUGCUCCCCUUCCCAGCACUGGUGCAUCCUCUGGCGACGAUGGAGGAGCAGGAGCCAGCUGACCCUGAGCCCAGGGCAGGACCGGAGGGAGGAGGGAAAGUCCCUCGUGUUGUCCAGGCUGGGACAGGUAGAGUAUCCCCAAGGUGGUUGGCACCACAACAGAUCAAGCAGGAGCCGCUGGAGGAGCCUGUCCAGCGCUGGCAGGUCACAGUGCACAGGCAGCUUGAAGAUGUGGCCUUGGACAUGGAGGGACCUGGGGCACUGAGGGAACCUCUCUGCUCCUGGCUGGAGUGGGCGCAGACCCAUCCUGGGCAUGUGCCCCUGGAGGAGGCAGGAUGGCGUGAAACCCCAGGGCCCCAGGAGGAGCUGCCUUGUGUCCCCAAAGAGGAGCCCCCAUUCAACCAGGAGCCAGAUUCCCCCGACACAGAGGAGACCUGGGACUCAUCAGCAGAUGAAAGCCCCUUGGGCUGCUUCCCCAGACGAGGCUGUUUGCUAGGAGCAGCAGGUUCAGGGACCCUGAGCACAGCUGAGGAACGACCUCUUGAGGAAGGGCCUGUAAACCUGGAGCUGCUGGGGCCAUCCCCAGGAAGAUCAGGGGAGAGGAGACUCCCGACAACUGUGCCAGGCCAAGUGCAUCAGAAGCAGGGCAGGCACCCACAGCAGAGAGAGAACGUGGCCGUGAGCAAGCUCCCGGAGGCCUUUGAGGACGUGGCCGUGUAUUUCACGCGGAAGGAGUGGGAGCUGCUGGAAGCUGAAGACAAGGGGCUUUACCGGGACCAGAUGCUGAGGAAUUACCAAGCCCUUGUUUCCCUGGGGUAUCGAGGUCCUACACCGGAUUUAAUCUGCCGCAUCCAGCGAGGAGAGAUGGAGCUAUGGGUCAGUGAUGAUGAGGAAGCUGGAGAAAGCUCAUUGUCUGAGGACUUGUCUCCAGAAUCAGCUGCUAGAUGCAGGGGCAAAUCACCUGGUGGUUGGGAAAAUGGGGCCUCAGGAACACCUGCAGCUUCAGCAGCUGUGCUCCACAUGCACCAGCUCCGUCAGUGCCAAAGCCAGGAUCCGACGGUUGUCUUCGAGCGGCUGGUCACUAUCUCCGAGGAGCACCUUGAGGAAACUCGGACCUGGCACCGCCGCUGGCUCCACGAGUUCCGCGAGAUGUGGCAGGGCAUGGAGCAGUCAGACUGCGAGGAUCGUGAGGCAUGGCGAGCAGAAAGUGAGGUGUACCACGCUGUCCUGCAGAAGCUGGUGGAGGCCCAGGAGAAGCAGCGUGAUAUGGUGCGACGGGCAGUGGCUGCUGCCAAGGACAACCAGUGCGUGCGUCACUGACUGUGCUGGCCCUGGUGGUAUUUGGCACCACACCCAGUGUCCAGGCCUUGGUCCCGGCCCCAGCUGGUCCCUGACAGGCACCCAUGGGCCUGCCUCAGACCCCCCCCACUCCCAGUGACUGUAGCAGCAGGUGCAGUGCCACGUGGCAGCAGGUGCAUCCUGUUCCCCCACCCCCCGUUUCACCUGCCAUCUGCCCUUUGACCCAGCUCCAUGCAGUCCCUGAGAGGGAGCUGCCCAUGGUAGGGCCGGCUCCCUACGUGGGCCCUGCUGGCCCUGGCCCAAUGGAGGAGGAGGGGGAGUGGGCUGGGCAGGAUGGACAGAACCCACCCUCACCCCCAGGUCAGCCCCCAGCCUGCCAGGCUCACCAUGGUGCCCAAACCCAAGGUGCUGGUGGCCGAUGCUGAGGUGCCACAUGCCUCCCUCUGGGCUCUGUGCCGUAGGUGCCUCCUCCCCACUGUUCCCCAGAAGAGUUGUAAAUAGACACCUGGGGAUGAGGGUAUUUUAUUGGUGGUAUGCAUUAGGGUUGGCGGGGAGGUAAGGUAUGCAUUGGGGCUGUUGGAAGGGAGACAAGGCGGGGUCUUUUGGGAGGCAAAGAGGGGUUUAUUGGCGUGUUGGGGAUAGAAAUAAAGU